UUGCAUAUUCUCAAUCCCAAAAUAAGGUCAGCUGCAAGAAAUAUGACGUCACCCCGUUUUUUAGUCUGUAUAGAUACAAUGUUCUUCAAAGCAUUUGUGGGCGUUUGUGGAUACGACACAAGAGUUUUUUCCGAGGAAGCGAGAAUCGUUCAGUGAUCCGUGUCUCAUGUGCAAUUUAGUAAAGGUAGAUUGACUGUAAAACAAGGCAAAGCAUGGACCAGCGUCUCUUCUCGAAGACCUCACUACUCCUCACAGCCUCAUUCUCACUACUGAUCGUUAUGACGAAAGCUCUUCCCCACAUCGGGAGCCACAAGGCUAUAAAAACUUUCAAGCUGUACUCCCGUGCCAACCGGUACGCACCAGUAGUUCUCCACUACCAAAAUAAAAAAGACACGCUUGACUACGCGCAGUUCGAACGACGCAAACCUUUAAUAUUUCUGGUGCAUGGAUGGAUGGACGAUGGAGACGCUUUAUGGGUCCUGGAACUUAAGGACGCCCUCUUGAAUGCGGAGGACUGCAAUGUGAUCAUCGUGGACUGGCGUCGCGAAGCUCGAAGGAUCUACCCAAUCGCGGUGGCGAAGGCGGCACUGGUUGGCCGCAGAGCCUCUCGGCUGCUGCAACGGCUCGUGCAGCGUUAUCCCGACACCGUGGGGCCAGAGCUGGUGCACGUCGUGGGCUUUAGCCUCGGUGCUCAGAUCGCCGGUUUCUUUGCUCGAAACUACAGGAGGCGCACGAAACAAAGAAUAUGGCGCAUUACCGCACUGGACCCUGCGGCGCCUGAAUUUGCCGGGAAGGCAGUAUGUGUGCAUCAGGGAGACGCCCGCUUUGUCGACGUGAUCCACACUAGUGGUGGAAAAGAGAUCAUCAAGGGCCACUUGGGGAUUGACAGGCCAGUUGGAGAUGUGGACUUCUACCCUAACGGCGGCAAGGACCAGCCAGGUUGCACCACACUCUUUAAAAAAGUAUUUGCGAAAUUGUACCCGUGCCACCACAUGCGAGCUCCAUUACUCUUCCUGGAGUCAAUACGCAACAAGAUCUGCCGCUUCGUGUCCAAGCCUUGCGAGGGAGGCUACCAGGCGCUGAGGGCAGGCCAGUGCAAUUCUACCGGCGAGCCAGGACUCAUGGGAUUCUACAGCUACACUGCACACGGAAGAGGCGUCCAAACACUCGACACGAAUUCCAAGCCGGCAUACUGCAAAAAGCAGUCGCCUAUAGUCGGGCAGCUCGACCUUUCGAACCGUGGCAGGCCAGAGGCGAAACUUUCCAUACAAAAAAUGCCAUAACCUAUAGCUUCACGAGCGGAAGCAGUACUUUCAUUUCGAGUGUGCAGUUCUGGCUAGAUACGAUUCAGUUCACCCUGCACGCAUGCUUCGGCUCCAGGCAUAGGCAACCUCGCGAGUACGUAUCAGCAUACGUCUACGCUCACGGAGGGGGACAAGCAUUGGCGUUGGGAAUUGUGAGGGCGAAAGGGGAGGGAGUUCAUGCUCGACGCGUUCAUGCUCGACGCGAGUACUGCUGCCACUUAGAGCCCGUGUGACGAAAUGUUAGAGCUAAAGAAAUGUUUACCGGAAUCAUGACAUCGCCGAUAGCGUCCUUCAUAUGUGCACCCUUGCAUUUUUUAAAAUAGCAUCGCAUGAGCUUCGACCGCACGUUGUGUCGGCGGCCUUGUAGGAGGGAGGGGCGGGGGGUUUGGCGACAGUGUGCGAGGGCGCGCAAGGUGACUUCCGGUUCGAAUGUAUUCUGCUGUGCUGUUCGCUUCAGGAGUGCCCCUCGCCUCUACAAGGCAGCUACCACGCCGUACGGUCGACGCUCGCGCGACAUUGUGUAAAAAUUGCCAGAGUGUACAGUAUACACUGUUAUCAGGUUUUACCCUUUUCGGGAGUUUCAGACUCUUUGCAUAACUCACACCCUAACGGGAGCACAAUAUACGGAGUUUUCCUUAACACCCUUGUUUUUGGGAGUUUUUUGCGGUACCCUGGGGCUUUUUUUACAGCUACUUUGAACGAUAUCGCUGCUAAAGUCUUUACGAGGAACGUUGGGUGUUUUUUUUUUUUUUGCUGCUUUGAUCAUCAGGACUGUGGGAGGUUUUAUGAGGAGCUUUGGGAGCAUUUAUAAGUUGGCUUGGGUAUUUUGUUUUGCUUCUAUUGGGAACUUGUAGGAGAAGCGCUGGGAGUUGUUACUAACAUAUUUUCGGAGCGGUUUGGCUUCUUGAAGGAGUUCUUAAGGAGACUUAGGUACUUAGGUGAGAGUACUUAGGUGUAUAUCUGGGAGCAAUUGUUCCCAUAUCUUGGGAGCUUUGGUUAAGGGAGCUCUUGUGGAUAACUUUCUAUGUCAAAUAUUCUAUAUGUAGUUUCUGUGUGUUUUCUAUGUACUGCCCCCCUUACUCAAUGCCUCAAUUGAAGCUUGUAAGGUAUUUUUAAAUAAAUAAAUAAACUGUGGGAAUUCAUUUUUUGCUGUCUAUGGGCACAUAUACGAGAAUGUCUGGGAAUUACUCUUCCCACCUUUAGGGAGCAUUGUUUUAGUUAAGGAAGUUGGAAAAUUGAUUUGGGGAGUGCUUUUUAGCUCCUUUUCAGAGCUCUUGCAGGGAGCUCUGGGAGUAUAUUAUGCUCCUUUGUGAAUUUUAUGAGAUUGAAGGGCGUACUUUUUGUGUUCGUGUGUUUAUUAGAAUG